UCUUCCUUUUUUUUUUGUUUUUCCAUGGCUAUUACAAACCUGAUUUUCCAAAUCACAUUGUAUCUUCUUCUUCCUGCCCAACAUUGGUGAUACAUAUGCUCCAUACCCUCUUGUUUUAUUUUUCUCAUUCUUCUAUUUUGCCUUCUUUACAAAUCUCCCCUUUUUGUUAUUUUUGUCUGCUGUCAUCAAUUUGUGCUUUGAAGUGCGUGUUUUUUGUUUUUUAUUUCCUUCCACUCAAUUGAGAAAAAAAAACGGGAGAGAUUAGGCAUUACAGGUGCGUGUUUUGAGUUCCGGUUAUCCUUUGUUGCAGGGUUUCUGUUUCUUUGUUACAGUGACGGUUAAGGAGGGAAAGAAUGGCUUUUGAUUCUUAUAAGGAAUCUAGCUUUUUGAUUCCGCAAGAGAAGAAGUUUUGCCCCUCAAAUGGGUCGGUGUUGGACGGCCAUUUGAUCAAAAGCUGUGAUUGUUUUGGCAGUUCUUGCUGCCUAUGUUGUUUCAACGAGAAUUUAGGAGAGACAUGUUUUUAUUUGGAGAAUGCAAAGGAAGUGGUUGUUGAUGAUGACACCGAUGAACAUGACAACGAUGAUGAUGUUCGUGGUCGGUUGCCAGUGGACCCUUUUGAACUAGACAUAAAAUCUACAUUGGCAGCAUUCUCAGAUUGGAUUGAGGAUUUUGAUUUUGAAUGGGAUUUCCCACCUGAGGAUAUAGACUUUUUGCUGGCUGAAACACAUGAAAAGAUCGGUGAUCAUGAUCAUCUUCACCUUUUAGGUCUGGGUUGGACUUGGAAUGGCCUUGAGAAGUUGCAACAUGGGUUUAGUUCUAAGGAGAAUGAGAUGUCUGUAUCAGGUGAUAUUUUCAAAGGGUAUCAAAAUUUUGAUGGGGUAUUUGGUGGGGGCAUUGUGGCUGAGGGAAGUGAAGGGGGAUUUACGAGCGUUAAGCAUGACAAUUACUUGGUUCCAAGCACUGAAGCAAUGCAAAACUGCACCAAAAUUGAAUGUGAUGCUGAAGGAGGUGACCCACAUGAUGCUUUGUUUUUUGUCUUGGGUUACCUAGGUGUGCGGGACCUUCUCUCUGUUGAACAGGUCUGCAGAACAUUGCGUGAUGCUGUUAGAGGUGAUCCUUUGUUAUGGAGGACUGUGCACAUUAAUCAGCCAUUGAACGAAAGGAUUACUGAUGAUAAACUUGUGAAGUUAACCAACAGAGCUCAAGGUACCCUUCAAUGCCUGAUCCUGGUGAACUGUUUAUGGGUCACUGACAGUGGUCUUCGAAGAGUUUUACGAAGUAACACAGGAUUGAUGAAGCUUAGUGUUCCAGAUUGUAUCAAAAUCACAAUUGAGGGCAUCUUAUUGAACCUCAGGGCUCUUAAGUCAUAUGGAAAAUCUGGUAUCAAGCAUUUACGAAUUGGUGGGCUUGCUGGUACGUGUCAUGUGACUGAACAGCAGUUGGAAGAGUUAAAGAAAUUACUGGAUACUAGCAAGCAUUUGCAACAUGGAAAUCAGAAGCCGCAAUUCUACCGGAGAGAGUAUUCACAUAUCUUACGUGAAGAUGGCCGUCAAAUCGACGUAGAUGCAUGUCCAAAAUGCAAGAAAGUGAGACCUAUUUAUGAUUGUCCUGCUGAGAGUUGUCAGCAGCAGCAUGUUGCUACUCAGCUCUGUAGAGGUUGCACAGUAUGCAUAAUACGCUGCAUUCAUUGUGGAAGAUGCAUUACGGACAUUUAUGAGGAGACAUUUUGUUUAGACUCUCUUUGUUUGAAUUGUUUUGAUCAGUUCCUGCAUUGUCCAGUGGAAGGGGAAAAGGAAGCUGCAGAAUGCACUAUUAUUGGUGAGAGGACCAGGUAUCAGUUUUGUCUCUAUGGCUAGGAGUGUCUGAUCUUCAUGAUCUUUUGACAAACAUUGGACCAGAAUCUGCACAUUUGGCUGUAUGGUUUUAUUUGUGCAGCAAAGUUGAGAUAUAUUUGGGUUAGAGAGGUACUGUAAUAUUCCUCAAUAGCUGAGCUUCGGUUCCAUAUCACAACUAUUUUUUCUUAAACUGUGAUAGGGAAAACGAAGAAAGGGUUUUGGAGGGGAAAAUUAAUUGAGAUUGAAUUUGGAAAACAACAAAGUUGUAAAAAGGAAAAA